AUGUUCUCUUUGAUGAAGAAUAUUAAGAGAUUUAUACGUUCCUAUGAUAAUUUUGGAGUCUCCUUAAACUUCAAUAUUAGGAAUAGAAAACAAUAUUAGAGCGUUUGUGGAGGAAUUAUGUCACUUGCUAUGACAAUAGUGCUGUUAUACAUUUUCAUAACUGGUUUAAUCAGUCUUUUAUUAAGAGAUAAAUUUUAUGUAUUGCAGUUGUUUUAUUAAGAUUGA